AUUAAUGAUAUUUCAAUAGGGCAUGCUUCUCAUUUUUCUCUCUGUCAUCGAAUCCCCCACUUAGUUUUCUCUUUUUACUAACGAAAAAUCCCCGUUCUUUUCCUCUCUCUAAAAUGGUAGUCUCAAAAUUCUCUCUCACUUUAAUCCUUUCCGUUCUCUCAAUCUACGCCGUCGACGCCGCCCACAUCCACGUGGAUACGGCGGCGCCGUUCCCUUCUUUCUCCUCCAUCGGGGACUGCACGUUCCUGUUUAUCAACAUGGCCGAUUGCUUGUCGUUUGUGUCGAGCGGGAGCCAGGUUUCAAAGCCAGAAGGAAACUGCUGUUCUGGCUUGAAAACUGUGCUCGAUACAAACGGCGAGUGCUUGUGUGAGGCUUUUAAAACAAGUGCUUCUCUCGGCGUUCCAUUGAAUCUCACUAAGGCUUUCACUUUGCCGGCCCUCUGCAAAAUAUCCGCUUCUUCUGUCCCUAAAUGCGCUUUAUCUCUUACACCUGCUGGUGCGCCAGGGGUGCAACCAUCGACAUCAGCAGGUGCGCCAAAGACGGUCUCACGAGGAGGAAGAGCAGUGCAACCGCCACCGGCUUCUAGUGGGUCAGGCUCGCCAUUGCUUUCUGUUUCAAUUGGAUCUCUUUUUAUUGGUUUCAUAGUUAUGUUAUUCAUAGGGUAUUAAAGUGAAAUGUUAUCAUAUGAGAGACCAUUUUGAUGUUUAGGAUGUUGGUGAUCAUUUAGUUUCCCUUUUGUAGGUUUAAUUCGAACUUUGUUUCAACUUUAUACAGUAGAUAAUAAGUAUUAUUUAUAUUGUUUGGUAUGUGACCUUGAGUAUGUUGGGUCUAGACUAAAUUUAGAGUCUGAUUUAACUUGGAGGACGAAUUUUUUUAUAUAGUAACUUUUUAUGUCGUGUUUAGCGAUACAAAAUACAA